AUGGCUACCGCCGCUAGAUUCCUCUCCUCUGCUCGACUCGCUCGACCAUCCUUUGCUGCCAGUGUAGCUCGUCAAUCCAGAGGUUACGCUUCUGCCGCUGGAGCUGGUGGGCCAAACUAUGGUCUGAUCUUCUCCCUCGCUGGUGUUACCGGUCUCGGUGCUUACGCUUACCUUCAAUACAACCCUGCUGCCAAGGCUGAAAUUUCCGCCAAAGCGCAUGAACUCGAAGCUAAGGCUGAACAGAAGAUCAAGGGUGUACAAUCCGAAGUGGAUGCUGCUGACCAGGGUACUGGUUCUUACGCUGCUCUUAUCAAGGACUCGUGGACACCUUUCACUCUCACCAAAGUCGCACCAUACAAUCACAACUCUGCUAUUUACACGUUCUCAUUCGGUGAAGACGGCAAAGACAAAGUAUCCGGUGCUGAGGUCGCCAGUGCUUUGUUAGUCAGAUCUCCUCAAGGUGAAGGCGAGAUCAAGGAUGAUAAGGGUAAACCAGUCAUCAGACCAUACACCCCCGUUUCUUCCAACGAACAGAAAGGUUCUAUUGAUCUGUUGAUUAAGGAGUACAAGGAUGGUAAACUCACCCCUUUCAUUUCGUCUUUGCAACCCGGUCAACAACUCCUCUUCAAAGGUCCUAUUCUCAAAUUCAAGUAUGAACCCAACAGCUUUGAUCGAGGAUUGGCUGUCGCUGGUGGAAGUGGUAUCACCCCCAUGUAUCAACUCGUCACUCACUCCUUGAACAUUCCUGAUGACAAGACAAAAUGGACUUUGGUGUUCUCCAACGUUACUGAGAACGAUAUCUUACUUCGAAAGGAAUGGGACGAACUCGCCAAACAACACCCCGAUCGACUUGAGGUCAAAUACGUUCUUGAUAAGGGUCCUUGGGGCUGGAAGGGUGAAACCGGAUUCGUCACCCCUGCCAUGAUCUCCAAGCUUUUCCCUCGAUCGUCUGACUCGAACGAAAAAAUUCGAGCCUUUGUCUGCGGCCCCCCACCUCAAGUCAAGUCUCUCGCUGGCCCCAAAGACGGACCCAGACAAGGUGAAUUGCAAGGUGCCUUCAAGGAAUUAGGUUAUACCGCCGACGAAGUCUUCAAGUUCUAG